GUUUAACAAAGAGUCGACUCCAAAACGAUUAGGCAACUGGCAAGUACCACGGUGGGCUCCAACGCGGGCGCGACCCCUCGAAAUGCGGCCAGACCCGAAGCCAAUUUGCGACAUAAAUGGACACUUCUUGCCGGGUGCUCCCAGGGGAACUUCGAGGUGCUUUGGGCAUUACACUGGCACCUGGGAGCUGCCAAAGAAAAUAACAAGACAAGUCGCGGAGGAAUUGGCGAAGGAACCACCGGCUGGUAGGUUUCCUGAUUGGAUAAAUCUACGGGUUCAAAGGCCGAAGGUGGUUCCAGCAUCGCGCGUGCGUGGCGCGAAACGCGGCAAAGCGCCAAAGGAGGACACCACAGACAAAGAUGAGCAGUCUUUCAAACCUAGACAAUGCCCGUUCCACGAUCACAAACGUAAAUAUAAAAAAUGAAGAAACACUAAGUAAAUUUCAUCAUGAUUAAAAAAUUUUCGUCCAAAUUUUUACAUGUCUGUACUUAAAGGAGGAUUUAGGUGUACAAGAAGAAUUAUAUAGUGGGAGUAAAUUAAAGGCUUGUGAAGAGGAUUUCCACAAAAGAGAAGACGACCCAUUAGAAUUAAAUAAAAGAUUGGAGCCAGUAGACAGUGACGGACACGGACCCUACAUACCAGGUUCUGCAACAGAUCCAGAUAAAAGGCAUGACAGUUACGACCUGUUGGUAAAGGACGCAGUUGAACAACUUCAUGGUCCCCAAGAAGAUAGCAAUGAUAAAUUUUGGCGAAAUGUUGCUGAAAAGGCACAGAAAAAUGAGCAAAAUAACAUUGAGAUAAUGAAACACGCAAAGCAAAGCGCAACAACUAAAUUGCCGUACGUGAAUGUUUCGCAAAAUUUUAAUUUUGCCAAAAGUAUGCAUGCGGGAAAUUUAGAACAUCAACCCUUACCGGAUACGUUGGGGUACCGAAAUUUAACUAAGGUAGGUGAACAUCGAGACUCAGAUAUUAUAGUAAAACCCUAUGCUAUAGGUUGGAAAGGUUACGGAGCUUCAGGUCCGACUUGUUGCACAAAAAUGCGAGUACACAGACCAAAAACUUGUGAUCCAAAGAAAAAUGAAGCAGAACCAGACCGAAGACAACGGCCAGUGACAUCGAUACAAGAUUUGGGCGGUCAGUAUAAGAAGCCUUUAUCGCUAAUGGAUUUAGCAAUUUGUUGGGAUUUUAAAUCGGAUGAUCCAAGACGAGAGCCUAAACCCCCAAAGCACAUAGAUGGAUCAAACGGAUCUCAGGCACCAGCAGUUUUUACAAUGGUGCACACGCCUAAAGAAGUAUUGGAAGACAACAUAGCGCCAGGACACUCUCAGUCAAUUUUUAACCAGAACUGUAUUACUCAAGACAUAGGACGCCAUAGUGUCCCUCAUUUUGAAAAAGACAUGACGAAAGAAAAAAGGGCAGAUACAUGUGACGUGCAAUACUGUCCCCAGCAUAAUCAUAGGGAUAAUAUUUCAAGAUCCAAGUCUUCAAGCAGGAAAAGUUCUGCUCAAUCAUCAAAAAACGUGAAUUGUGACGGUAUUAACGGAUGUGGCACCCCAUCAAAUUCAAAUUGUAAUUCAAAUCAGGGUUCUUCGAAGGCAGAAAAUUCAAAACACAUUAAAGAAGUCUGGUGUGGUAAUAAUAAAAAUAAAUUUAACGGAAUAAAUCGUCGAAAUCACAGUUUAGAAUCGUAUGAUAAAACCCCUCUGGCGCAAGGAAAACUGCAUCAAAGUUCCCCAAACGAUUCCCAAAUAUCUCGCUCGCCUAAAGAGUCGAGUGACGCAUGUAAUAAUAAUACGAAACAUAAGCAUUGCAUUUCUUGCAACGGAUAUAAAGCAUUAAAAGAUGUCAAGCAAAAAGAAGAUUACAAAUUUGCAUUUAAAGCUGGCAAUCCCAAUUCGGUUCAAAGCCACAGUUCUAAUGAGUCGAAAAAUGUCAAAAUGCCAAAAAUGCGUCAUCCAUACACAAAGAAGUCCUAUACAAUUCCUACCUUGGCGCCCCCAUUUAGUAUUUGGCGUGAUGCGAAUGCCACAGGGUAUCCAGAACAUUGGAGACUAGCUAGCGUUUACCAACACGCGUAUAAGCCACCGGAGCAGCGACGUAAACCUCUCAUUAAUAGCGUUUUCCAAUAAAUAAAAUUAGGCCUAUGUGUAAUAGUAAUAAUGACACAACAAUAAAUAGAAUUUCUU